AGAACGCAGCAUUUACCAUGUGAAAUGGACUCAGAAUCAGCCUCCCACCUCUCCCGCCUCAGAAGCAUCCCCUUGUCCCCCCCCCCCAGUACUCUCCCUCACACCAACUGACGUGGUUCAUUCCUCAUGUUCACUGUGUGCGUGUAGUCAAGCCGCAGCAACACACUGAGCCAUCAGUACCCCCCAGCGUCCCCGCUUCCUAGUCCCCCAGGCGACGAUGGAUGCAUGCAAACCGUGCACGGAGCACCUUCUGCCGCACUUGACGCUGGAUCGGUAAACGGGAUGCAGAAUGACUCGACAUCCAUUUUGGAAUGGCCUAACAUGACAUAUCACAAUGCCAGCGGGGCCAACGCCAGCGGGCCCGGCUCGGGCGGCGACACGUACAAGCCGUUUUCGCUGUUCAGCGUGCUGACGCUGACACUGCUGGCCAUGCUGGCCGUGGCAACUUUCGUGUGGAACCUGUUGGUUCUGGUGACCAUCCUGCGGGUGCGCACCUUCCACCGGGUGCCGCACAACCUGGUGGCUUCCAUGGCCAUCUCCGACGUGAUGGUGGCGGCGCUGGUGAUGCCGCUGAGUCUGGUUCACGAGCUGAACGGACGCCUGUGGAAGCUGGGCCGAGUGCUCUGCCAGGUAUGGAUCUCCUUUGACGUGCUGUGCUGCACGGCUAGCAUCUGGAACGUGACGGCCAUCGCUCUGGACCGCUACUGGUCUAUCACGCGCCAUCUGGAGUACACGCUGAAGACACGCAAGAAGAUCUCCAAUGUGAUGAUCGUCCUGACGUGGCUACUGUCGGCUAUCAUCUCGCUCUCGCCGCUCUUCGGCUGGGGCGAGACGUACACCGAGGGCAUGAAGUGCCAGGUGAGCCAGGAGCCGUCUUACACCAUCUUCUCCACCUUCGGCGCGUUCUACCUGCCGCUCUGCGUGGUGCUCUUCGUCUACUGGAAGAUCUACAAGGCGGCCAAAUUCCGGAUUGGCUCCCGCAAGAGCAACACCAUCACGCCCAUGGCAGAGGUGAAAGAGGAGGCGCGGCAGCCCCAGAUGGUGUUCACGGCGCGCCACGCCACCGUCACCUUCCAGACGGACGGCGACACGUGGCGCGAGCAAAAGGAGAAGAAGGCGGCGCUCAUGGUGGGGAUCCUCAUCGGAGUCUUCGUGCUUUGCUGGAUCCCGUUUUUCAUCACCGAGCUGAUCGUGCCGUUGUGCUCCUGCGACAUCCCGCCCAUCUGGAAGAGUAUCUUCCUCUGGCUUGGCUACUCCAACUCCUUCUUCAACCCGCUCAUUUACACAGCUUUCAACAAGAACUACAACAACGCCCUGAGGAACCUCUUCUCCAGGCAGCGUUGACCCAAAAGACUACCGACCGGACACUGUUCGCCGUGUGUCGUUUUUGGUGUCACACUCCUAGCCAGACUUCUCCAAAAAGAUGACUGAAUGCCGAAGGAAGAGUGCUUUGGAAGUACGGCGGCAAACGCUUCAAUGCGGCCGGGAGAUGGUUGAAAGGAGAGCCGAGCGACGGUUAAGAGAGUCGACGACAAAAGCGCUCAUUAGAGAUCUAAAAUCAGUUUGACUGGUGUUUAUGAGGCAAUUACGGUGGCUGGGAGCUGACAAAUGAAGGAAAGCAGACACAUGGAACUUGAAUGAAGUCACAGCUGGAGGUACACCCGCACUAUCGAACAGUGUUCGCUAUAGAAGACUCCAAUAAGCGUGGAAUGAUGUAAGCGGUGUUUCUAAAUUCAAAUACACCCUGCCCCCCCCAAAAAAAAUUUCCCAAUCUGAAAUUUGUUUCUGUAGCGCAAAGUGAAAUUUGCUCAGCGUGUCUACCAUGAGAAGACUCACAAAAAAAACGUCUCAAGAACACUUACUCGAAGAAUCAGCCAUUUUCGGGUCAUAUCCGUGAGUCCUUCAAAACGAGAUUUUGUCAGAUUCCAACCCAAAUUGAAAACACAUACAAUGAUGGAUGACGAAAAAAAAUACAGUUGCGCCACUGAAAGUCAGUUGAACUUAACAACGUGAAUCUUGGAAGGCGUGGUCAUGAGUAGACCAUCAAAAAAUAAAAUAAAAAGUCUCAAGAACCAAUGCCUGAAAAAAUUCCCUGCGAUCAUUUUCGGGUCAUUUGGGAGUUUUCCAAGAGUCUUUCAAAACAUCUGUUGGAAAAUAGUACCAUUGUCAUUUUUGAUGCAA